AUGUCCAAGGACGACGCUUGCAAAGUAACGUCAGCCUCUAAACACAAGGAACGCAAGCCCAAGAAGCCUCACUACAUCCCUCGUCCGUGGGGCAAGCCGUACAACUACAAAUGCUUUCAGUGCCCUUUCACUUGCAUGGAGAAGUCCCACCUGUACAACCACAUGAAGUACAGUCUGUGCAAGAACUCCCUCUCCCUGCUUAUCGAGUCUGACUGGCCCUACAAAAAGGGCAACAAUGUCCUGCACCCGGACCAACUGCGACCACUACAGCAGGGGAUGCGUGGACCUGGAAAAGACGCCCAGGAUCAGGCAACUCGGACUGAGGAGGAGCAGCAGCAGCAGAAUGUGGAGGAGGAAGCGGAAGAUCGGGAAAACCGUGUACAGGAAGAGGAAGGAGAGGAGGUCCGCACGUUGGUGAAAGAGAGGUCGGAAAGUGGGGAUCCUGCAGAGUGUAAAGCAGAUUCCGAGUUAUUGAUGGCGGACAUGCUUUCUCUGGAAGACCAGCUAAUACGGGCACGGUCAGUGGAGGUGGAGGCGCAGUUGAAACACUACAAGACCUUAUCCAAGACCUGCAUGACAGCUCCAAGGUUACUCUCGGACCAGUGGCGCCUCCUUACUUCAAGUAAAGCCAAAACCGAAGGCACUCAAGCCCGAAUGAAUGGUUCAAUCCCGUGUUACCCUCCCCCACCCAACCUGGUGGAUUAUCAGGAUCCGACCGGGCUCAACCUAUCAGUGCUCGGGGUGGGCUAUCCCAUCGGCCCAAGUCUUUUCUCAUACAUGAAUUCUACUCUCCCCGCCACUCAAACCCAUGCGCAGCUCGCUCAGCUUCCCUUCCUGGCUUCGGCCGCCCAGCUGAUUCAUCCGGCCUCAGGCAGCCACACGGACAGAACUUUUAUACCCCCGCGGCUCUACUACCCAUUCCUCUGUGAACACAGCUUCGGACCAGCUUCCGGUCAGAGUGAUGCCAAUAAAGGACAGAAAACAUCCCCAAACACUGGCGAUACAUUUUCUUUACCUGGCUUCCAGCCCAAAAUUAACCUGUGGAAGGUGCCUGCUUUGAGGCCCGGGGCUGCCACGGCUUCUCCCAUUGGUCGGGUUUCACCUCUAGGAGUUUCUUCUGACACGGUCUUUAGGCUGGGGGAUAAAGUGCAAGCUUCACCUAAGGAAGGUAAAACAAGUUGGAGUCUCAAGAGAACAGGCGGCCAUUUGACAAACCAUGAAUCCCCAGUGGAAAAGAAGCCGACAACAGACUUCACGUUGGAUCUUCUAAAGAACAUCCAGACAAGUCCUACUCUAAAUAUGGUAUCAGACAAACUGAGUUCACAGAAUUUGCAUCCCAGGACUAAAUCAUCCGAACCCUUGUACACACAUCAUCUAACCAGUCCCAAAAAUGAAGCAUCCUCCUUACCGGCUCCUAUUGGGGGAAACAGUAGCCAAGACCUUACGACCGCACGUCCUAUGGGUGACGGGGCCUCAGAUUCAGUGGCUGCUCUACUUAAUGAUCUCUCGAAAGCACUUCAGGAGUACCAGGAAGCAGAACGCAAAAUCUCCCACCUUGAAAAGGAGGAACUUCCCGUCCAGCAUCACCUAUGGGAGCACCUGAGCAAAAUCCGAAAUGAGCUGUCGCACAUCCACCAAGCGCUGGAAAGGACGGCCCGCCAAAGCGACGGUCCGCUAGACCUUUCAUUUAAGAGAGACUCCACAGACUCAAAGGAGUUCCACAUUAAGGACAAUAUUGCAGAGACGGACGAGGAAGAAGAGGAAGCUAGAGAAGAAGAGGAGAGGAAAGCCAUGAGGGCCUCGCUGGAGACUCGUAAGCAAUCGCUAGACAUGCUGAUCAAGAUGAAUAAUACCGGUGCGUCGGUGAUGACUGCAGAUGUCCUGGCUCAGGGAGCACUGGCCAUCAGCCACACCCCCGCGGAGACCUUGUGGCCCGGCAGAACCACAAAGUGCGAAGCCGACUCCAGCGUGCUGCUCUGUCCUGACGGCAGAUCGGUCAUGUUUACGGACAUCCCAUCAUCGGCCAAAGCGGCUAAAAGACAGACUUCAAUACAGCGGGUGGAGGGGCAGUGCCCCCAAAGCCCUUUAACAGCUAUAGAAAAUUAA